AUGAACAAAGAAGUCAGCACUGGGACCACAAUUGCAGCUGUUGAGUUCAAAGAUGGUGUCGUUAUUGGUGCUGAUUCUCGAACAACAACUGGACCGUACAUUGCCAAUCGUGUAUCUAACAAGUUAACCAAAGUGACCGACUACAUUUACUGUUGUCGGUCUGGCUCAGCUGCCGAUACAGAAGCUGUCUCAGACAUCGUGCAUUACCAUCUCAGUUUCUACAGAAUGGAAUUGGGUGAAGAACCUAGAGUCAGAGUAGCAGCUCAUAUCUUCAAGGAUUUGUGUUACAAUUAUAGAGACAGUAUAACUGCAGGCAUUAUUGUGGCUGGUUGGGAUAAACACAGAGGAGGCCAGGUAUUUAGCAUUCCAAUUGGAGGAAUGAUCACUCGGAUGCCAUUUGCUAUUGGAGGCUCAGGAAGUACAUAUCUUUAUGGUUUUGUUGAUGCCAAUUACAAAUCUGGAAUGUCUAAAGAAGAAUGUCUCAAAUUCACUGCAAAUGCUCUGGCCUUAGCAAUGAGCAGAGAUGGCAGCAGUGGCGGCAUCAUCAACCUGGCAGCUAUCACAAAACAUGGCGUUGAGAAGAUUAUCUUGACUGGUGAUGAAAUACCAAAAUUUAAUGAAGAAUUUUAA